AUGACACAAGUCAUAUCAAGCUCCGGCCAUGAUGACAUGAUCCACGACGCCGUCCUCGACUACUACGGCCGGCGACUUGCGACCUGCUCCUCUGACAAGACAAUUAAGAUAUUCGAAAUCGAGGGGGACCAACAUAGAUUAACAGAAACGCUGAAAGGCCACGAAGGCGCCGUCUGGUGCAUCUCCUGGGCCCACCCCAAAUACGGCACCAUCCUCGCCAGCUCGUCCUACGACGGUCGCAUCCUCAUCUACCGCGAGCAGAACAACUCCUGGCAGCGCAUCUACGAGUUCACCCUGCACACCGCCUCCGUCAACCUCGUCGCCUGGUCCCCGCCCGAAGCGGGCUGCCAUCUUGCUGCCGCUAGCAGCGAUGGCACGGUUAGCGUGCUGACGUUCGAGAACAACACUUUCAGCCAUGUCAACUUCGUCGCGCACGGGCAGUUGGGAGCGAAUAGUGUCAGCUGGGCGCCGGCGCAGAUGCCGGGGAGUUUGACGGGGGCGCAGACGCCCGGGACACAGCAGGGGGUUGUGAGGAGGUUCGUUACGGGUGGGAGUGAUAAUCUGGUCAAGAUCUGGAGCUUCAAUGCUGCGGUCGCGAACUACGAGGUUCUGUGCACAUUGCAGGGGCACACGGACUGGGUGAGGGAUGUAGCGUGGUCGCCGACCCCGUUGUCGAAGUCGUAUAUUGCGUCUGCGAGCCAGGACCACACGGUGCGGAUAUGGACGUUGCCGGCGAAUGGGGAUAUGAGUGAUGCCAAUGCGUGGAAGUGCGAGACGUUGGAUUUCGAGGUUGUGGUGUGGAGGGUGAGCUGGAGUAUGGCGGGGAAUGUGCUCGCCGUGUCGGGCGGUGACAAUAGGGUGUCAUUGUGGAAGGAGAAGUUGAAGGGUGGCUGGGAGUGCGUGAAGACGAUUGAGGAGUGA